AUGCUUUUGCGAUUUGCGCCGCGCCCGGCCGGUGCGCGUCCGUUGCUUCCCCACACAGGCCGUCGCUUGCUUGCUCACGUCUCAAACGUCGAAAGCAUACCGAAAGAGGAAGACAAACCAUUUAGUGUGCCGGUAGCAGAAGAUAGUUUCGAGACAUAUCAAUUUGAUCCACCUCCAUAUACCGUGGAAACGACGAAGAGCCAGCUAAAGCAGUUAUAUUAUGAUAUGUCAAUGAUAAGGCGCAUGGAACUGGCCGCCGACAAUCUAUACAAACAGCGAAAAAUCCGCGGCUUCUGCCACCUGUCGACAGGUCAAGAAGCAGUGGCAGUUGGCAUCGAACAUGGGAUCACUAAACAUGACAAGCUCAUUACAGCAUACCGCUCCCAUGGAUUCACCCUGAUGCGAGGAGGGACGAUAAAAUCAAUCAUUGGCGAACUUCUCGGCCGUCGGGAUGGCAUCUCAUAUGGGAAGGGCGGUUCCAUGCAUAUGUUUUGUAAGAGCUUUUUCGGCGGCAAUGGAAUCGUCGGAGCUAAUGUCCCACUUGGGACUGGAAUCGCGUUCGCCCAGCAAUACAACGAUGCGGGGAACGUUACGAUCAAUCUCUAUGGAGAUGGAGCAGCAAACCAGGGCCAGGUGUUCGAGUCCUUCAACAUGGCGAAGUUGUGGAACCUCCCGGUGAUUUUCGGCUGCGAGAACAACAAAUAUGGUAUGGGAACUUCUGUGGAGAGAGCAUCUGCGAUGACGGAAUACUACAAGCGAGGCCAGUACAUUCCCGGGUUGCGAGUUAAUGGGAUGGACGUCCUUGCGGUGCUUGCAGCAAUCCGGCACGGCAAACGUUUUGUCCAAGCUGGAAACGGGCCUCUUCUCUACGAAUAUCAGACAUAUCGGUACGCUGGACAUUCUAUGUCUGAUCCUGGUAUUGCAUACCGCAGCCGAGAGGAAGUGCAGUCAGAGCGCUCUAACGACCCAAUUUCGAAUUUGAAAGAGAGAUUGGUUGAUUGGGGAGUUAUGACGGAGGAUGAGGCUAAAGCCAUUGACAAGGAUGUUCGCGAGAAGGUCAACGAGGAGGUUUCAGAAGCAGAAAAAAUGCCCGAUCCAGAGCCCAGGCUGGACGUCUUAUUUGAAGACAUCUAUGUCCGUGGUAGCGAGCCCAGCCAACGACGAGGAAGGACAGUUGACGAGACGUAUUACCGAGGUUAG